AUGAUGCCAUUACUCGCUAAACUAUUAGCAAACACAGUGUUCUUGCCUCUUCAAAGUCUGCUAGGCAGCAGAUACACAUUGUUGCUCUCUGGCAUUACAGUGGCCAAUGUAUCAUUUGUAUUAGCUGCAGGUGCCUUAUACAAAUUGACAUUAGCAGUAUUACCAAAGAGCAAGCAAUUAGCCUAUGUGUCCUCUAUUGCAUUUUGCUUAUCACCACCUGCUAUGUUCAUGUCCUCAUUCUAUACCGAAUCGAUAUUUGCUUUGAUGACUUUUACUGGUAUGCGAUGGGUAAUUGAAAAGAAGUACAUGCAGUCUGCAUUGAUUUGGGGUAUCGCAUCUGCUGUUAGAUCCAAUGCCAUUGUAUAUGCUGGCUUCUUUUUCUAUGAUUUGGUCUGGAUUCGUUUGAUCAGUCGCAAGAACUUUGUCACUGGAUUGGUUCGGUCCAUUGUAUAUACAAUGACUACAGCAAGCGGGUUUGCUCUAUUUCAAUACUUUGCAUACACUGAGUUUUGCUCGCUAGAUAGACCAUGGUGUGCAGACAAGAUACCACUCAUCUAUUCAUUUGUUCAAAAGGAAUACUGGGAUGUUGGAUUCAUGUCGUAUUACGAGGUCAAGCAGAUACCCAAUUUUGUUCUUGCGGCACCCAUCAUUGCUCUCAGUGUGUCUGGAUUGAAAGCUUAUAUCUAUAAUAAUCCAAUUGAAUUCUGGACAUUGGGGAUAAAGAAGAGCAAGGGCAAUGCCAAUGACGGCUAUUACAGCCCCAGAUUAGCUGUAUUCAUGUACCUGUGGGCUUUUCUACUGCUAUUUGCCACAACCAACAUGCACAUUCAAGUCAUUAUUCGAUUCUUUACAUCAGUGCCACCACUUUAUUGGUACGUGGGGAAUUUAUGGAUCAAAGGAUUCUGUGAGGGCAAACACACAUGGAUGGCCAAUGUUGUGCUAGGCUACUUCGCUAUCUACGGGUUGAUUGGCGUGGUGCUAUUCUCUAGUUUCUUGCCUCCUGCUUAA